ACGCCGUACGGAAGCGGCGGGGAAGAUGGCGGCGCAGGAGCCGGGCCGGGAGGCGCCGUUCGCUCGGCGGAUCGACCCCCGGCGGGAGCCGGGGCUGAGCCCGCAGCAGCGGCUGCACAUGGAGCAGGUGGAGCGGACCCUGCGGAGCCGGCUCCGCGGCCGCAACGUGCUGCUGGCGUUGGGCAUCGGCGCCGUCACGGCCGGCAUCUACGCGUACACCUUCUACUCGGUGUCGCAGGAGCGGUUCCUGGACGAUCUGGAGCAGGAGGCGGAGGCGGCGAGAGCCCGGGCCCGGGCACGGGCUGAGAGCGCCGGGAGCUGACCGCGGAGCGCCCGGCCCGGCCCCGCUGAACGGCGGCGGCUGCACCCCCCGGUGCGGUGCAGGGAGAGGCGCCCGGAGCAGCCCCGCAGGCGGCUGCCUUUGCCAGGGACCUGCUCCUGGGAAGGGCAGCGCUGCCCAUCACUUCCACUAAUAAACACCCGUCUGGAGCCUG